UUGAUUGUGAUUUUGUUUUGAAAACAUCAACUAGAUUUUAAAUAAUAAUUCAUUCAAUAUUUUCAUUCUCAAAUCAUUCGUAUUUUAAAAAUGAUUUACAUUAACAAUCACAAGUUCACUUAAGUCUACCUAUGUUUUAUAUCCAAGUUCAAACUGCUAUCCCUAUUGCUAUUAAACUUUAAUCAGCUUAUCAGCUGAUCGUGUGAUAAAUAUCAAAUUUAUCUAAAUAAUGAGUAAACAUCUAAAUAAUUUCAUUUGAAACAAAAUUAUCUUCUAGGUGGUAAUUUACAUCUACAAAAGUAAUCAAUAUUUCAUCUUUAAUAUCUUUACUAUCGUGUGUUUUGGAUAUUACCAUGCAAAGACUGAUGGAUAAUGGUGAUAAUAGUUCUAGCGAAGAAAUAAUCUAUGAUAAACUGCGAGAUCUGUAUUCCCUUAUUGAACAGUGUCAUGAAGAAAGGAAUAAAAGUGAAGGCAAUCUAUCAAAUAUUCGGAAAACUCACGAGAAGAUGCAAAAUGAGCCACAAAAGCCUUACUUCAAGCAAAAAUUGAGAACUCUGUAUAAAGGUGCGAUUCAAGAUUGCGAUUCAGAAAUUGAAGUCCUUUCUAAAUCUUUGGAUCAAAUAUUUGAAAUUCGGACGUUAAUCAAGAAACGCCCCCGAAAGAGUGGCCUUAGCCUGUUUACCAAGGAAACGUCAAUAAGAAGAGGAGCUUUAAUGAAGAUGUUGCAACAAAGUGCUUUAACUCUACCACUAUUUAUCCGUCGCAACAAGGAGGGUAAAACUCCUCCACUUUGUGGCUCUGUCCCUGCUGAACCCAAUUAUGUCGGAAAAGUUGGUGACAUGGUAGCAGCGCUGGUCAAAGGUCCUGAUGAAGAUGAGAAUUGGAUUCUCGCGGAAAUUGUUUCCUACAAUUCGAAUACAAAUAAGUACGAGAUUGAUGAUAUUGAUGAAGAACAGAAGGAAAGACAUACAUUGAGUCGAAGAAGAGUGAUACCACUUCCAUUAAUGAGAGCCAAUCCUGAGACAGAUCAUGAAGCCCUUUUCGAGAAAGGAACCCUCAUCUUAGCUUUAUAUCCUCAAACUACAUGUUUUUACCGAGCAAUAGUCCAAGAGCCACCAAAAAAUGCUCAAGACGAGUAUCAAGUUUUAUUUGAAGAUUCAAGUUAUCCUGAUGGGUAUUCACCUGCUCUAUCUGUACCUCAGCGUUACGUUAUUGUUUCCAAAGAUCUGCGUCGAAAAUGAUUUAUCAAGUUACAUUAUAUUAAUAGGAAAUUCAAAUUUCUUAACUCUUAUCCUUUCUCUUUCAUACCUUUUUUCUUUCUCUCCUUCCUUGAUCUCUUCAUAUUUCUUAUUCAAUCAUGUUUUUGUCUAAACUCCACCAAAGCCGGAACACAUCAAACUUCACUUCACACACCAUUAUUCAUCAAAUUUGUAAUAUCUACCAUCGGAAGCGAAAAAAAUAGACAACCUCUUAUUUUAUUAAAGAUUAAUGAUCUUCCAAUAAAAGGUUAAGAAAUAUUGUAUUUAAACAUAUCUUCAAACAGCAAUUAAAUAAGUUAUUUGGAUCGUAUUUUACUUUUUCUCGAUUCAAUAGAUCUUAAUUUCUCAUUCUCAAAAUAAAAAAAAUCUUUAUUUGAA